AGAGAGAGAGAGAGAGAGAGAGAGAGAGAGAGAGGAGGGCUGAUUUGGGGGAGGAGGUCAACCACCGGUGCUUGGCAUCUUGGGUGAGGAUCGAUUUGGGCGAGGUGGUCGUUGGAGAGGAGGCGCCGACUUUCAGGUGGAAUGUCGUCCUUCUGUCCGUGAUCUGCCGCCGCAUCACCCAUGUCUUCGUGUGUUGCACCUGCUUCCUGCUCCAUCCCACGGGCCGGACGGUCUUGGCCUGCGACGAGUCAAUGGCCAACUGACAGCGACACAUGGAGCCUGAAGGAGCAGGCGGUGGGGGGAGCUGCAGGAGGCCAACAAGGCCCUCGCCACCGCCGCCCAUGACGCACUCCGACGGUGCUAGGCGGGAAUGUCUGUCGCGGCCAUCUUCCUUAACCGGCCAUGGUCUGCAUCCCAUCCUACCCCUGCUCUCUCUCAGACGGAUUAGAAAUUGGAUAUGGCUCAUUUGGGGUUAAUUCAAUUUCCGAGAAGUAGAACUGUGAUUCAUUCUCAGACAACUUUUCUUUUUGUCGCACUUCCUGGGCUGUCUCUUCGGCGAUGCAGCAAACAAAGGAGAGGACGAGUCUGCAGUGCAAGUAUGGUCUCACGUGCUUUGCACAAAAAAGAGAGCGGCAACAGGAGAUUCGUGUGGCUGUUACAUGGGAAAGAAGGAUGGCGUCGGGAGAAGGUGGAUGUGCAGAAAUGGCAGCAGAUCGUGGCCAUGGGGAGGUUUGUAGUGGGGUCGGAGUUCCAUGGCUUCCUCGUGCUCCCUGUCAAGUUUCUGGUGGAGAUGCCUCAUUACUGCACCAGUGCCAGGUACCAUCCCUCCAUGAGCCUACUUUCUCUCGGAUGCCAUAGCAACUACAAGUCUUGGACACGAUGGAUAGGUCAAAUGGGGAGGUCCGAAGGUGUAGCUCAAGUGUAUCUGUAUUUGUGUCUCAUAAUUGUCCAGGAACUUUGAUUUUUUCAAUAUCUGUAUCUGGUUAUAAACCCAUAGUGAUGUACAUUGGGAAUGUUUGUGGAGGCUACAAAUUUAACCAAAUCUAUGAAGUUUAUGUGUACUUUGUUACAAAUAUGAACUGUUGGUGAUG